GUCAGAGCAAGACGCACGCGGGUCUGUGUCGGGAGGCAGGGGAGGGAGGGAGCUCCUGCCUUUUACGUUCACCAGAAGGCUGCUAGUAGCUCGACAGGAGAGGAGGAGAGAAAGAGAAGGGAAAGAGGGGAGGAGAGAAGAAGAGAGUAGAAGAAGGGAGGGAAAGGAAGCCCAAGCCUUGGAGACAAGUGACACCCGAAAGCACCGAAAGAGGACAGGUGUACCAUGUCGUCCGACCAGACUUCUCAGCCCACCGUGCCACCUCUCCACUCUCCAAAGUCACCCGUUUGGCCCAUUUUCCCCUUUAAUAGGGAAGGAAGCCGCAUCUGCGAGAGGGGUAGCCACCUUCUUCGAGACUUGCCAAGCCCCCUCCCCACAAAAAGAACCAGGACAUACUCUGCAACGGCUCGGGCUUCUGCUGGUCCUGUCUUUAAAGGUGUAUGUAAGCAGUUUUCACGCUCCCAGGGCCAUGGUUUCAUCACCCCGGAGAAUGGCACAGAGGACAUAUUUGUCCAUGUUUCUGACAUCGAGGGAGAGUAUGUUCCAGUAGAAGGAGAUACGGUCACAUACAAAAUUUGCCCGAUCCCACCAAAGAACCAGAAGUUCCAGGCUGUGGAGGUGGUUCUCACCCACUUAGCUCCACACACAAAGCAUGAAACAUGGUCAGGGCAAAUCAUUGGCUCUUAAACUGCUUUUUGGGCUUGCAGGUAAUCUGCACCAGGAAAUGGAGGCGGAUGGCAUGGGUGGGUGGUGUUGGAAUUCAUUACUGGAGCAAUGGAAGAGGCCUGGCUGGCUAAUCUUACUUGCAGUGUAACAUGUUUGCAUUUAUAUCUUGUCUUUUCUAAGAUUUACCUUAUUGGGGAGGGAAGUAGUAAAUGUAUUUUUUUUCCCAAUGUUGGCAAGCAGGAAGUGGAAAAGUAGGUGGAUUUGUCAUGAAUUCCCAGUCAUACCAAACUGAGCAAAAGCAAAGCUCUUG